UCGCGAAAUUUCUAUUUGUGUAUUUUUGUGAAGUCCCGUUGGCAGUUUCCCCUUAUAAACACAUUUUAAACUGACUUUUCGCAAUCACAAAUCGAAAGAGAAGACGGCACACCUGCGAUAUUAACCCGUGAUCAACCCACCAUCGAAAGCACAGCUUAAAAAGGUGACUGAGCAACCCUAUAUUUAUAGAAAGCUCGGAAGUGCUUCUUCUGGCACAGAGAGACAGACAAAAUGGUGGAUUACUACGGCGUCCUUGGCGUUCCCAAAGGCUCCUCGGUGGACGAAAUAAAAAAAGCAUACAGAAAGAAAGCUUUAAAAUGGCAUCCGGACAAGAACCCUAACAACAAAGACGAUGCGGAGAGGAGGUUUAAGGAGGUGUCUGAGGCGUAUGAAGUGCUCUCAGACAAAUCGAAGCGGGAUAUUUACGACAGAUAUGGCAUUGAUGGUCUGAAACGAGGAGUAGGUGGAUCGGCUCAAAACGAUUAUGGUUUUAGCUUUGGAGACUUUGGCGGCAACCUCCACUUCACGUUCAGAAAUCCAGACGACAUAUUCAAAGAGUUCUUCGGGACCAGUGACCCGUUCGCAGCUUUCUUUGAAGAUUCAAGAAUGGGUCAUCCGCAAGCACGGGGCCAUGGGACACUCUUUCAGGAUUCGUUUGGAAGAUCUGGUUUUCCAGGCCAUGGUCCUCUCGCCACGACGAGUUUCUUCAACCCGUUCGGCGAUCCUUGGAGUUUCUUUCAGCCCCGCGGUAACUUCUUCACCUCCAGUUUUGACGAUGGUUUCAGCGAUUUCGGUAGUUUUGGUGCAUCAUCAGGGGUUACGUCAUUUUCAUCUUCGUCAUCUUUUGGAGGCGGUCCGUCCAACAUGCGAAGUGUCUCAACAUCAACAAAAAUGGUCAACGGCAAGAGGAUAAAAACGACAAAGAUCAGAGAAAACGGCCAAGAAACAGUCAUCAACGAAGAAAACGGCAUGAUCACGUCAAAAUACAUCAACGGCCAGCCACAGAUUGCACACUAGGUACGGCAGCGUCUUUUAAAACGGUUUCCUACUUUUCGUUGAUAUUGUACCCAGACCCAAUUUCUUUUGCUCCAACAUGAAACACAGCAUGCAUAAUAUUUGCAGUAUCAAAGAAGGUGUACAGUUAGCAUAUAGAUAUCCAGAAGUGUAAUAUUAAUGUAACCCUUUUAUUAACCCUGUCCACAGUCAGGCGAUACCAGGGCUUCAUUAGGCCACAAUUCUUACAGCUUAAACUGUUAAUUGGAUGUGUUUUUAACCAGACCUUCUUACUCCCCCACUUCCUCACCAUUUUUGCAUUUUUUUUCAGAAGUAAUUUUUUUCUUCAAAUUUUGUAAACCUUGAAAAAAAUACUCGUCUACUGAAACAUUAAGGCUAUGUUACACAAGGCAAUUUACAGGGCAACCAGUUUCAGGCAACGAGUUUCUAACAUUUUCCUCAGAUGCCACACCUUAGACAUCAAACCACUGGUAAGGAAAUGUAUACUAUACUUUACUACAAAGGCAAUUUAUAAAGCGCUCUUACAAAAAAAAAAUGUAUCAAAGUGCUUUACACAAAAAGAAGAAAAAAAAACAAACAAGAUAAACAUACAACAAGAUCAGGAGUCAUAUAAAUAGGUUUUGAGAGCUUUUCUGAAGGCUAAUGAAGAUGAAUGGCGUGUAUUGUAGGGUAAUCGGUUCCACGUAGUAGGCCCUGCAGCAAAGAAACCCCAGUCACCAGAUGGGGGAUGAUCAGAACUCUGUUAUCUUUGGCAGAUCGCAGUCCUUUUCUGUAUGAUCUGGGGCCGAUUUGACCGAGCAAUAAAAUUCAUCGCAAGACAAUUUUUCAGUAUCACCAUAGUAAUUUGUAUUGUGACAUCACCAUUUUCGUAGCAACUACGAUUGAUUUGCAGUUACGUUCAAUCUUAGAUCUUUGUGAAAUCGGCCCCAGAUUUGCUUGUUUAAUUUUUGAAUAUGUCUCAUACUGUAAUUCUCAUAAAUAUAAAAAAUGACUGGACUAUGGUACAUUUCUGGAAGAAAAACAGUUCACUUUUAACAUGUUUGUUUGUUAGUUAGCUAGAUCUGCAUGUAUUAUUUUGUUAAAAAAAAAUAAUUUCUACAAGAUCAACUAAGAACAAGUAAUUUUCUAUGAACAACUAAUUGUUGUACCUCGUCCCAAUGUCCCAUGGGUAAUUAUUUGAUAUCUGUUGUGAUUGAAACUAUUUUGUUGAUAGAUCAAAACAAUGGAAACAUUUAUACGAAAUUUCUUACUCAGCAUGCCUAACAUUUUGUUUUCAUUGUGAAAAGAAAGACUUGUGUGUAAGUAAAAGGUGUCUUCAGAAGUCUUUUUUUAUAGGCAUUUUUCAUACAUCUUUGACAAAACUUGUUGUUUGUUUCGAUUUGCCAGAAUAUGCUUUUCAAAGUUUGAUGUUGCUCUUGUACAAAAAAUUGCAAAACUUGUUUUAUAUUUAUUCAGGAAUUAGCGUUCUUACUGCAUUAUUGAAAAGGCGAUAGUUAAUUUCUUUGUCUCGUUUGAAUGUAUUCUUUAUUCAUAAAAACUAAAUGGACAAUAUUCUUUAUUUGAUUUGGUUACCUGUUAUUCAUAUAUAAAUGUAUUAAUAAGGUACUAAUUGUGUCCAAUUUAUAAAUCUGAACAAAAACCAAUGUUUUGUUUUUUCUUUUAGUCAGUCUGGAAUUUCAUCUUUGGAGAGGCAAGGCCAUUUUAAUUUUGUCAAGGGCAAUCCCAUUGGAAAUUGUUUAAGGCCUAUGGGAAACUUAUGAAGGGGCAACAAGGACAAGAUUAGGGGCAAUAGAAGCCAUGGCCUCCGUGUAAUUGCAGACCUGCGCUAAGGAAAGACAAUAAUUAACACUGUAAAUAUAAUAUUUUAAAGUGUCUGAUAAUUUGUACCGUUAUAUAGUAUUUUAAUUUUAUUCAGUGCAUGUUGAAGUAAAUGUUUAAAAAAAAACCAAGGACUUGGGAGUAAACUGUUAAGUUUUUUUUGUCAGAACUAAGCUUUAGAAAAAUCAGACCCAGUUAGUUGUAUUUCCCUGUCUUUCUGGUUCGAAUCCUGCCUUAGACUUGAGUCAUAAUAUUAAGGCGAGUAUGAAAUGGUGCAGGUCGCAAGUUGAUCAAUGUCUAAGGGCCUUGGCCCAACUUCAUAGAGCUGCUUAAGCACAAAAGGUAGCUAAGCGCAACAAAAUUAUGCUUACCAGAAUAAGGUAACAAGUCCAGGUACAAUGUCACAUGGUCACAUAGAGAUUGUAACUGGCAUCCUGCUCAUUUCUGUUAAGCAGGAAAGUGUUAAGCACAAAAAGUAGCUAAGCACAACAAAAUUAUGCUU